AUGGAAACCUCCAUUGAGAGCAAUCUCAUUGAUUUGAAGAUCCAACCCAUUUUCAUUCCUACGACAGCCAUACAACGACUGCAUCAGUGUCCUAGUUAUGCUGGAGGGCUUGGCGAUGUCUGGAAAUGUUCCAUGUCUACACAAUCUAACACCCAUCUUGUUGCAGUCAAAGCGCUCAGGGUCCCUCAGUCGACAGAUACGGAACUUGUACGAAAAGCAGGCAUGAGGAUUCGUCGCCAGGUUUACGUUCAGAUGCAAUUGUCACACGACCACAUCCUCCCUCUUGAGGGUAUUACUGAGGGAUUUGGACCCCUUCCCGCGUUAGUCGCUCCAUGGAUGGAAAAUGGAUCGCUCAACGAGUAUUUGAGACUGCAAUUUUCUCAGCUUUCGAGGCCGAUGAAGUUACAAAUGGUAGGGGACAUAGCAGCUGGUCUUCAGUACUUGCACGACAAGGAUAUUGUCCAUGGUGAACUAACUGACACCAACGUCCUAGUCAGCAGUGAAGGGAGGCUCUAUAUCGGGGGCUUCGGUCUCUCGAUGAUCCUCACACAAUCAGAGCACGCUACAUUUAACUCAUGUCUCCCGGGUAAUAUACGGUGGAUGGCGCCGGAGACCGUGACAUUUGAUGCGCAGGAUUAUAAGCCAACCAAGGCCAACGAUAUUUACUCGUAUGGCUGUGUCAUGAUGCAGGUGUUUUCUGGACGUCAACCUUAUGAGAGAAUCAACAAUAUUUUUGCCGUUAUAUCAGCAAUGGAAAAAGGGCGCGAACCGUUCCCCCAAUUGACUGGUGUCGAUGAAGAAAUCCAGCAGUUUGCGCAACUAUGCUUGUCAAGGAGGAGUGAAUCCCGCCUGUUGGUUGCCAGCAUUGUAGAGUUCUUGUGGUCACAGACAAGUGUCGCGGAGACUAUGAAGACGUUGCUGUCGACACUUCCUGUCACGGUGAAACAUAUAUCGGAAGCAGUUCUCAUGAAGUGUGAGUCUGACUACGAUACUGGUCAUCUGGACGUCCUUGGUGCGACCUUGAAAUGCAAGUGGGUGGUGCAUGAGUCGAUUGAGAUCGAGGUGGGGGUCAAGACUUUGAGGGAUGAUGUUGACAGUCAAAAUGAUAUGGAAAAGAUAUGUAAUAGGAUUCGUCGUGAGAUGUAUGUCAGGGAGAAGUUGAGGCACGAGGCCAUCCUUAUCCUCUAUGGAAUGACUGCGAAUUUUGGAAUUCUCCCAUCCUUUGUAUACCAAUGGAUGGCAGGCGGUUCGUUGCACGACUACCUGAAACGAGAGUACUCCAAUUUAUCUGCACGUCGGAAGCUCGACAUUCUACUGGAGGUGGCGUAUGUUAUCGAAUAUUUGCACAAAUGGGGCAUUGUGCAUGGCAACUUAACGGGUGACAACAUUCUCAUUGACGGUUCAGGCCGUGUACGCAUCGCAGACUUCAGCCACUCCAUGAUCCUAGCCGAAGCAGAUAAUCGGAUAUUCAGCGAGCAACUCAUGGGAGAUGCAAGGUACGCUGCGCCCGAGUCUAUAUCCAGUGGUGGCCGGACAGCAGCACCAAAACCGACCAAAGCAGGAGAUGUGUACUCGUAUGGCUGCAUCGCGAUUCUGGUAUUGUUGGGAAAGGUGCCAUACUGGUGGAUUUCUGAAGAGAGUCGAGUGCUUUCGGAAAAAGAAAAGGGCACAGGGCCCUUUCAGCCUACUGUGGAGAUCAGUGAAAGGCACCUGGACUUGAUGCGCCAGUGCCUAUUGGCCGAAAAUUCCCGUCCUUCAAUUAAGAAUGUUAUCUACUUAGCCUUAGCCCAACAAUCUGGUGCCGUUGAUUUAACGAACUCGGUCCAACGGCUCGACAAGGAUCCCCAUGCUGCUGGAGCAUAUGGAGCUGUUCACAGGUGCAGGCUCCAUCUUGAAAAUAUCGAUACAACGGUCCGACAAGCUGUUGCUUGCUACCAGCUCCCUUCCACAUCAACUUGUGUUGACAUAGUCAAAGAAAUAUUUUCGAACAAUGAUGGGGACAUGUUGAGGAAUGUCCAUCGAUUGCUCCGAGAAAUCAAGCUAUGGUUAGAGCUUGAGCACGAGAAUAUUGUCCCUCUCUGGGGAGUCACAGACAACUUUGGCUGCUUACCAGCACUUAUCUCGCCAUGGUUAAAACAUGGCGCGCUGACGGGAUACCUUCGGCGUGAGCAUAGAAUGCUUUCUUACAAGAGGAAGUUUGCACUGCUCAGGGACAUAGCUCGAGGGCUUCAGUAUCGUAUGCUCAAUGUUUUGUCGUUGAUCCGAGAACUAACACAGAAUGGGGCAGUGCAUUCACGGGAAAUUAUCCAUGGAGACUUGAGUGGCAAUAAUGUUCUCGUUGAUGAAGAUGGAAAAGCCAGUCUGGCCGAUUUUGGUCGCUCUGCCCUCCUUCCUGAGAGAAUAAGCCAAGCAUUGUUGCCUACUUAUCCCGGAGGCACCAUGCCCUACACGGCGCCAGAAUGCUUGAAGUCCGAUGAUGAAGGCAAUGAGUCAUUGGUAUUCUCUCCGACAAGCGAUGUUUUGGAGGGCGAGGUCCCAUACCAUUAUGCACGCUCAAGAAUGCAGAUAAGUAGGUGGAUAUUAGAAGGGAAAACGCCCAUAAGGCCGCACACACCUGUUAUCGUUGACGAGGACUGGAAUUUCAUCCAACGCUGUUGGUUAGAGGAUAUGGAGCACCGGCCCUCUGACGAAGAUAUCCUGGAAUUUGUGGAAGGACGGGCUAGAAUUCAGUCGUAG